CAAGAAAAAGAAAAAUGGAAAGAAAGACAAUGGUUAGUACUAAGAAGCUCAUCAAAAUGGCAAGGAAAUGGCAAAAGUUCGCGGUCAAGCAGAGGAAGCGGAUUUCAUUUCCAAGAAAUGGCAGUGAUACAGACAGUUGUACAACAUCCUCAUCCUCUAUAGUUGAAAAGGGUCAUUUUGUAGUAUAUACAGCUGACCAAGCACGGUUCGUCAUUCCCUUGGCUUAUCUUGAAAAUGAGGUCAUUAUGCAACUUUUAAACAUGUCCGAAGAAGAGUUUGGACUACCAAGUGGUGGUCCUAUUACAUUACCCUGUGAUUCGGCGUUCAUGGACUACAUCAUGUCACUGAUCAAGAAAGGUGUAACUGCUGGAGAUCUUCUCAAAGCAUUGCUCCUCUCAAUUCCUUCAUGUUGCUGUUCAACUUCUUCUUUUCACCAAGAAAGUGGAAAUCAACAUAUUCUUGUUUAUUGAAACAUGAAACAGUCAUAUUUUGUAAAUGAUAGCUCAAAACAGAUUGUAUAGCAGAUGAAAAAUAGGCAACUAAAAGCUUGUAUCAUUGCAGACUGGAAUAGAGCUUUAUCUUGAAAUUAACCUGAUCUA